CCACCAGCUAUGGCACCCCUCCGCACAGCAAUCCCCAGACCCCAGACACAGCCACAGCACCCACCACCCAAGCUUAAUCCAGACUACGUGCGAAAACCACAGAACUAUGUCUUGCCACCGCAGAUGCGUCCACCUGUGGGGCCGCCACAGCCGCGUCCCCCCUUUGCGGGAGCCAGGCCGAUGGUCGGCAUGGGACCACGCCCACCCAUGCCACCGCCGAAUAUGGGGGCCAGGCAGAUGCCGCCUCCGCUGAGGAACACAGAGAGCAAGAGCAAUCUGCUGAUGGGUCCGCCGCAGAUGAGGCCGGGAAUGCCGCCACAGCUGAGCAUGCAGCAGCCCCGUCCGCCCAAUGCCGCAGGACCGCUCUCACCGCCCGGACAAGGACCUGCACGGCCACCGGGCGGCUUCCCCUGGACGCCAGCUGGUGCUCCACCUGGCAUGCCGCCCGGCGCACGACCUCCGCAGAAUAUGACGCGACCUCCGCCGCCGACAUUUGCGCGCCCGGCACCAGGCCAGCCGCUGCAGGCGCCAUUCCGACCGACCUUCAGUCAGCAGCCCAUGCAACAGCUGCAGCAGCAGCCACCACAUCAACAGGCCCCACCACAACAGCAACAGCAGCAGCCACACAUUCAGCAGCAGCAACAGCUACGCCCACCAUCGUCAGUGGGGGCGUACAAUGACGAUGACGAUGACGUGAUCAUGGGUCCAGCGGUGACUCCCCUCAAGACAUUCAACAUGAAGGCCGAUCCGAUGGGCUCGCCCCUGCUGGAGGAGACGGAGCCACCCUUCGAGACGAGUCCGCCAGCCGCAGAGGUCCGCAAGGGGAAGGGGCCUGCUCUGAAAGGCGACAAUGACAGCGGCGUGGAUGAGUCCACUCAGGAGAAGGACCGCAACGGACCCAUUUCACCCAGCUCCCCGGUGAAGACGCCCACAUCGACCUCAUCGAAGGCUGACAAGUCGGGCAUUUCGCGUCCACCGAGUGCCACGCCCUCGAACAAAUCCGCAUCGAAGUCGCGCAGCGCUUCGAAGAAUCGCUUGCUACUUAAGACCCCAGAGCCCGAGCCAGUUAAGAAAGUUCCAAUGAACAAGGUACAGGUGGGACAUGCGCCUUCGCCGAACCUGAAGGCGGUGCGCUCCAAAAUCGGUUCACUGGACAAUGCCACUUACAAGCCGGGCGGCGGUCAUGUGAAGAUCGAGUCCAAGAAGGUCGACAUCAAGGCAGCGCCCCGUAUCGAGGCCAAGAACGACAAGUACAUGCCCAAGGGCGGCGAAAAAAAGAUAGUUACAACAAAGUUGCAGUGGAACGCAAAGUCGAAAAUCGGCUCAUUGGAGAACACGGCCUAUAAGCCCGGCGGCGGCGAUAAGAAGAUCGAGACCCUCAAGAUGGACUUCAAGGACAAGGCCAAGCCGAAGGUCGGCUCCAAGGACAACGUGAAAUAUCAGCCAGGCGGCGGUGAUAUCAAGAUACAAACGCAAAAGAUAGAAAUUAAGGCACAAAGCAAAGUUGGCUCUUUGGAUAAUGUAAAGCACAGGCCCGGUGGCGGCGAAAAGAAGAUUUUCGAUGAUAAGGAUUAUUUGAAAAAUGUUGAGCACUCUGCUGCACUGACAACACCACCAACACAGAGUCCACUACCAUCCAUGACGGCUUCUGGCGCUGAUGAGAAUUUAAAUCAACAAAGCUAAACGCCAAGUGCCCGAAAUGCAUGUUGAGGUUGAGCUGAAUCUUUUCUUUGCAGUGUAGCAAAGUGAAACCAAACCGAACAUUUGAAUAUUUAACAAGCGCUAAUUUGAAAAAUAUAUCUUAAGCAAAAUGCAAAAAAAAAAAAAUGCCUGCACACAUUGGCAAAAACGAUGCAAAAUAUGCAAUUAUUUCCACACCCACAUCACACACACCACAAACCACAAACCAGACAUGUAAUGAGAGCCGAUCCAUAAGGCUCGCUUCAAACAGAUGCACUGAGAUACAGAUGCAUCUGCACCACCAGAAAUCCACAUCACAUAGAAGCGGUAUUCAAGAUUCAAGAGUAUAUUUGACUAGUUGAGCAGUGCACUCUUUAUCAUACAGAUACAAGACAUUAACUAUAAACUAUAUAUCUCAAUGUAUUACGAAAAACCCAUAUAUACAUACAAAUAUAUAUACAUACAUUUAUACAUAAAAGUAUCUAAAUAUUUAAGCGAAUUAUACAAGAAAUCAAAUCAUAAACUGUGUGCUUAGUUGAAAAUGUUGAACGACACUUAAAAGUAAACCUAAACUUAAAUGAAACCCACUUGACGUUGAACAGUUGAACGAACUACUCGUACUCGUAUAAUGCAAGACCUUUUCCCCAUCCAUUAUAUGCAAUUUAGAUACUUUUGCGAACAGCCCAACCUAAAACAGAACAGACCAUAAAAGAGAACAGAACUUCAAGCCGAACAGAAAAAAAUGAACACGUAUAAGCAUAUUAUUACUUACUAUUAAUUUGUAUCUUAUUAGUAAAGCGCAUCAUUCUCACAAUUUAUUUACACCCCUGUUACAAAAUGUAAGAUCAAUGGCAAAAUUUAAACAUAAUAAAAGAGACAAAAAAAACGUUUUUUUAUUUACCAAAAUUCUGG